GAGAGAAAGAAUGUUUCAAAUUCAUAAUCGUGAACUAGGAGCGAUGCAAUUGAAUUUGGCAACUAUUCAUGAGCGGUUUAGAUUUCAAAUGAUGAAUCCUCGUGUGAAUUUGAUGAAUCUUGGUGAGAAUGUGGUCAAUCUUCGUGAGAAUUUCAUGAAUCGUCUUCAUGUUGAUGGUCCUCUGUUUCAACAACAGCUGCUGAACCCUAAUCGGCACCUUCAUUCCUCCUCUGUUCCUCCACCUCCACCUCCUUCUCAUCAUCAUCCUCUCAUGUCAAUGACAAGUGAACCAAAACCUCGACUUCGAUGGAAUCCUCAUCUUCAUUCGAGAUUUGUUCAAGCUAUCAACCAGCUUGGUGGCCCUAACAAGGCUAGCCCCAAGAAUAUCCAACAUGUUAUGAACAUUCCGGGACUCACUAUUCCACAGCUGAAAAGCCACCUGCAGAAAUACAGACUUAAACCUAUCAAAAAAGCCCUGAAAGAUGCCCGUAAAGCAGCAAAAUUCAAGGAAAUAGCAUCUUCAAGUUUGGGACCAAAACCAUUUGAACCAAGACAGGGACCAUUGGAACAGCCAAUUGCCAUAGAAUCAAAACCAUUUCUCGAACCAUCAACCUCAAUACCAAGGAGGGUUAAUUAUGCUAGAGACAAAGCUCCGGUGACUGGAGAAUUAGUGGCACAACCAAUUAGCAAACCGGCACUACUGAAAGUAAAGGUUGAGAAGUCAGAUGAGGUUGAGGAUGAUAUGAAGAAGAAGGGAAUUGAUAAUUCUGCUUUGUCAAUGAUGGGAUUCCCAAAUCCAAUUUUAGUGAAACGAGAAAAGCAGGAUCAAUUGAUGAUGGCAGCAGCUUGUAAUGGGAAAUCUCCACCAUUGAAUCCGGUGGGUCCUGAUUCGUUUACAAGCUGCGUGCAGUCUUGGCUGGUUGGUUCUCAAGUUGCCGGAGGAGGGAGGGCGGUUGAGAAUCCGGCCGGGGAGGAUCCAUCUGCAAUGGGACCUAUCUGA